GUGUUCUUCCGCUUAGUUGUCAAACAAAACACCGACCGGCGACGAUGGCGAAAUUAAGAUUUUGUGUCGUUUUUGUGUUUUACCUUUUAUUAAAAUGUGAAACAGCCAAUGUCGAUAACAUAUCCAGUGAUAUCAAGAUUAAAAAUGUAGACAGAACUAUAGAUAUAUCCACACAGCUAGUCAAAAUAUCAACCAAGAUAACCUUGGAGAAUACAGGUAAAGCACCGGUUAAAAACUUCUUAUUGGCCGUCGAAGCUUCCGCAAAAGACAAUUUGGCUUUUAUCGGUGCUAAAGACAGUAACGGCAAAGAGCUUAAACUGGCGGAAACUACUGUGAAAGGGCACGACAACGUGAAGUUCUGGCGAGUGGAGCUGAAGGAGGCGCUGGCUGCCGGCGCGAGCGCCGCCGUGUCGUCCGAGGCCGUGCUCACCAAGGUGCUGACGCCCUACCCCACUGAGAUCACGCAACAAGAAGACCAAUUUGUUAAAUACAAUGGCAACUUGUAUUACUACUCCCCUUACACAGUGGCAUCUCAGAAAACCACUGUGAGCACCAACACCAAGAGUAUCGAGUCUUUCACUAAAGUCAAGCCUUUCCAACAACAAGAGACUAGCCUGCAGUAUGGACCCACCACCAACAUUGCACCUUUCACUGAAAAGGAGCUUAGUGUACACUACAAGAACAACUCACCAUUCUUGACUGUGACACGAGUUGAGCGUCUCAUUGAAUUAUCCCACUGGGGAAACAUUGCUAUUGAAGAAACCAUUGAGAUUGAGCACACCGGUGCUAAGCUGAAGGGACCAUUCUCUCGCUAUGACUACCAGCAAGAUGAGAGGAGCAGCUCAGCUAGUGUCAGCUCGUACAAGACCCUGCUCCCCGCCUCCGCCGCAGACGUUUACUACCGUGACACUAAUGGAAACAUCUCCACCUCAAGGAUGCGAGUGAAGAAAGACUCAGUUGAACUCGACUUGAGGCCAAGAUACCCCCUGUUUGGUGGCUGGAGAACACAUUACACCUUGGGUUACAAUGUGCCAAGUUAUGAGUACUUGUAUCAUUCUGGAAAUGAUUACCUGCUCAAGAUGAGAAUAAUUGACCACAUCUUUGAUGACAUGCAAGUUGAUGAAGUUGUUACCAAGAUCAUUCUUCCGGAGGGCACAGCUGGCUUGAAGCUGAACUUGCCAUAUGCAGUCACAAGGUUGCCUGACACUCUGCAUCACACAUACCUUGACACUAAAGGCCGUCCGGUUAUCACAUUCAUCAAGAAGAAUGUAGUUGAGAACCACAUUCAGGACUUCCAGCUCCGCUACACAUUCCCGCGCCUGCUCAUGUUCCAGGAGCCGCUGCUUGUGGUCGGCUUCCUCUAUGCAUUGUUCUUGUGUGUUAUUAUUUAUGUAAGAUUAGAUUUCUCUAUCCAUAAGUCUGAACAUCCUCACAAAGAAUAGGAUAAUUAAUUUAUAUAAAAUUGUGCAAUUUACCAGUGUAUUCAAUAGAACACAAUCUAGUUGAUAUGCAUUUGUCUCAAAGGAAGUUUGUAGAGACCAAAUAAAUGUGUUUUCUAAUUAA